AUGAAGUCCUACGUUAUUAUGGCUGCACUAAUGGCGUCAGCUGCUAUUGCUGCGCCGACAGCAAAGGAUGUACAAAUCGAAACCCGUGCUCCUCCCCGCGGGCACAACUACCCAGCUCCAGGCGGCUCAAAGGCAGCUGGAGUUGCUGCUCGUGAUGACCCCCGCGGAGGUAACUAUCCGGCCGCCGGCCACUCGAAGCCAGCUGAGGUUGCUGCUCGCGAUGACCCCUGGGGAUAUGACUACGACGGCGCUACAGUAGCUGAGGUUGCUGCUCGUGAUGACCCUCGCGGUCAUGACUAUGCGGUUUCCGACGAUGCCACGGUAGCCGAGGUUGCUGCUCGUGAUGACCCCUGGGGAGGUAACUAUCCGCCCUCCGGCCGCCCGAAGUCAGCUGAGGUUGCCGCUCGUGACGAUGCCCGCGGACACAGCUAUGGGGCUCCUGGCGGCAACUAA